AUGUCAACUAUCCAAAACUUAAACGCAUUUGAUCCAUUCGCCGAUACUGGUGAUUCUGAAGCUCAACCAACUAAUUACAUUCAUAUUCGUAUCCAACAACGUAACGGUAGAAAAACUUUAACUACAGUUCAAGGUGUACCAAAAGAAUAUGAUUUAAAAAAAAUUUUAAAAGUUUUAAAAAAAGAUUUUGCUUGUAAUGGUAAUAUUGUUAAAGAUGAUGAUUUAGGUGAAGUUAUUCAAUUACAAGGUGAUCAAAGAACUAAAGUUUCUGAGUUUUUAACUACUCAAUUACAAUUACCUAAGAAGAAUAUUAAAAUCCAUGGUUUUUAA